UCUCCCUGCUGACAUAUGGGAUCUAAGAUGCCUGUGCAUCCAUCUCACCCAAGGUUCAGCUCGGACUGGGUGGAGAUCAUCGAGCCCCGCUCCCAGGAGCGGAUGUAUGUCAACCUGACCACCGGGGAGUGCGGCUGGGAGCCCCCCCCCAACCUGAAGGUGCGCCAGUCGGACCAGAAGCAGUGGUGGGAGCUCUUCGACCAGAACAACAACCGCUUCUACUACUACAAUGCCAUCACGCAGCAGACCGUGUGGCACCGGCCCCAGGGCUGCGACAUCGUGCCCCUGGCGCAGCUCCAGGCCAUGAAGCGCAGCUCCCAGCCCGGCCGGCAGCACCGCGGCAGCACCGGCAGCGACGGCCGGAGCACCCCCGUGCACGUGGCCCUCCUGCAGGAGAUGGAGAAGGGCAAGUGGGACUGUGCGGGGGAGAAGAGGAAAGACCCUUCUGGCAGGGAGACUCCUACCCAGUGGCAGCCUCUGCCAGGCACAAAAGCAGCCAUGUUGGUCAAAGUGAACAGUUUGAGGCAGAUACAGAGCUUUUCAAGCAGUUCACUUCAGCUGCAGAGCGCUCCAGAGCCCAACAGCCCAAAAUCUCUUCCAAAACCAGCUAUAUAUGCUCAGCCUCAACCCAGGUCCCAGAGCCCUGGAGCGACGAAGCAAACAGGAGACACAAAGCAGUCUAUGCAGAUCAAAAAGACGGAGAACGGUGGGUUUUGCCUGGUGCUGAUGAAUGGCCCAACUUCUCAAACACCUCCCAGGAGCCGGACAGGAACCCCCCAGCCUGCAUCCCCCAAGUAUGCCUCCCCUGCACCCAUAUACGAUGAGCCAUCGCUAGAGUCACCAAUUUACGAUGAGCCACCAGUCGAUAUGGACACAGAAAGCGUUGCUGUGAGUGGCAUGUCUCCACCCAGGUCACCAAGCAAUAGCUUAAAAAAGCAGCUGCAACCGACCAAAUUAUUGCAGCAUCCCGGUAUGCAACAACAACAAGCUGCAAAGAAGCAUGCAAGAAAUCCCUCUUCCACUGAAUACAGCCCAGCUGGCAGGGAAUACAUAAAACAUAUGGUCAAUGUUGACCAAUCUGCCAAACUCUCCCACUCUUCUCCUGCAACAGCUGAUGCUUCCACUAAACUGCCUGGUCAGCUUGCUUCAAAGGACAGUUUCAAGCAGUCUUGGAGGAUCUUGGAAGCCAACGUCCUCAAGAACAUGGAACUCCACCACAGUCGUCAGAACAGCCUGCAGACUCAGGAGUACCCAGCUGGUAUAAGCCACCAGGAUUCUGGUUAUUCAACCGGCCCUUCUCCAAGCUUGAGAAAAAGGAAAGGAAGGAGGCAAGGAACAGGUCAAGUAAGACCUGGCUCUGUGGGCAGCAGCAGUGAGCUCACAGCUCUGAACGAUAAGGUGAUCGCUGAGAUGCGCGCAGUGGUGGGCAGGUCAGCAGCUUGCAGGGGAAGCAAAGCCAGCCUGGAUGCUGAGAGCCUGGAGGGUGGUGUCCCAGCAGAGAGCAGCAAGGUCAGGUUUCAGUCUGACCACUUGAAAAAAUGCAUCAGCCGGAGCUCCAGGGACGACGUCUCGGCCAGCAACAGGUCUCUGUACAGGCAGGGCCUGGAGAUGAGGGAGGGCUUUCCCAGUGAUGCAGCUGCUCUGCAGGACACAAUGAGGCAGAAGAGGACUUUUGAGAAAAUAGAUUCUUUAGAAAAGAACGUGACCAGCCAGACAAGCUUAGCUUCAUCGGAUGCCACACGCCUCUCCUCACAGCCUGGGACCAUAGAGCUGGACCCCAAGCAGGAGGGCAGUGGCCAGCGCGGGGGCUGCGUGGGAUGCCACUUCCCCUACAACACCCUACGGAAGCCCAUCUCCCAGAGCAGCAUGGCAGACUGGGCCUCCAAAAACCUGAACAUGCACACGCAGGGCAUCUUCCGCCGCAGGAUCUCCAUCUCCAACAUGCUGUCCUGGAACGGCGGCUCCAUCAAAAAGCCCAUGCUCAUCACCAGCAACCGCACCAUCAAAAAAGAGGCGUGUGAGAUGUUCAAGCUGGUGCAGAGCUACAUGGGAGACCGCCAGACUCGCCUGGACCGCAACCACGUGGCCUUGGUGACGGUCACCAAGUGCUGGAGCAUGCAGGGGCUGCGGGACGAGCUCUACAUACAGCUGAUCCGGCAGACCACAGACAACAUGUGCUACCGGAGCCUGGCGUGGGGCUGGGAACUGAUGGCCAUCAGCCUGGCCUUUUUCUCCCCGUCACCCAAAUUUCAGUCUUACCUGGAAGGUUACAUUUAUCGCCACCUUGACAGUGAUGAAAACAUUGCCCAGCGCAUCAAGGAGCUUGUGGAUCUGAAAAACAAGAAGAACUCGAAAUCCAGGAAAAAGAGGAAACAAAACACAGAGGAUGAAGGUCUGCCCAUUAGCACUUAUGCCAAGUACUGCUACCGGAAACUCCAGAAAGUGGCCGUCACUGGAGGCAAAAAGGGCCUCCGCAAACCCACGGUGGAGGAGAUCACACACGCCAGGAACGCCAUCCUGACCCCGUCGCUCUUCGGCAGCUCCCUGGAGGAGAUCAUGCUGCGCCAGCAGGACAUGUACCCAGGGAACAAGCUGCCCUGGGUGCAGACACAGCUGUCACAGCAGGUCCUGGCCCUGGGAGGGGAACAGACAGAGGGGAUUUUCAGGAUACCUGGUGACAUAGAUGAAGUGAAUGCAUUGAAAUUGCAGGUGGAUCAGUGGAGGAUCCCGAGCAGUCUGAGUGACCCCAACAUCCCAGCCUCUCUCCUCAAGCUCUGGUAUCGGGAGCUGGAGGAGCCUGUGAUUCCCCAGCAGUUCUACAAAGAGUGUAUCAGCAACUACGAGAACCCCGACGCUGCCGUGGCCGUGGUGCAGCUUUUACCAGAGCUCAACAGGCUGGUGCUGUGUUACCUCAUCCACUUCCUGCAGAUCUUUGCUCAGCCGUCAAACGUGGGCAGAACAAAAAUGGAUGUGAAUAACCUGGCCAUGGUGAUGGCCCCCAACUGCCUGCGCUGCCAGUCCGACGACCCCCGCGUCAUCUUCGAGAACACGCGCAAGGAAAUGUCCUUCCUCCGCAUGCUCAUCGUGCACUUGGACACGAGCUUCAUCAAAGGGCUGGUCUGAGCCGCUGGCCCCUGGUCCACAUAUUGCUCUGGGGAGUUGCUGGGUACCCUAAAUCUUCUCCCCUCCACGUAGUUUUCUUCCAUUGUCCUUGCUGUUGUCACGCCCUGGGUUAGCCCUUGAGCAUCUCCCGGCAUACGACCACAAGGACUGGACGUUCCUGGAAGGCUCAGUUCUGUCAGCACCAGGAAGUCCUUGGACAUGCCAGGUCAGGGUCAGCGGUUCCUGGCCUUCCAGUGUGUGUCAGAGGGGGGCAACCCUCCUCCUGGGAGCCACAAGACUGGUUGCUCAGUGAAAAGGCUGUGACAUCUGUGAGGGACCGCUACACGGGGCAACGAGAGUCUCCAUUUCCCUUCUGGAGGCACAGUUGGCUUCAGGUAGGAGGACAUCACUCCUGUGCUGUGGCAUGAGCUGGUCCUGAGGGAGAUGCUGCCUCACUGGGGAUAAUCCUCCUGCUAUGGGGGCAGCCUGGUUCACCUCUGCAGACUGUCGGCUGGAGGGCUGUGGAGGCGCAGGGGAUUUGCUGAGGCAGAAAAGUCCCUCGGGCUGUCGUGGUCUGUGGAAGCACACUGCAGCCCAGGGAGAGGAGGUCUUUGAGCUGCUGCUGCUGAGCACCCACCCACACCACAGGGCUGGGCACAAAGAGAAGGCCAUGCACCUGACAGGUAAACAACCGCUGUGGCAUCCUCCUCACAAGGGCCAUAUCCUCUGCAGGGGUGACCCCAGCAGCCUUGCAGCUCCUUUUUGCUAAGGACAGCAUGAGCUGACACCAGCUUUACUGAGAGCAUCAGAGCCCACGCUCAGAGCAGCGUCUGUGGCUCCAGCACCCCUUCCUGAUAGCACAUCCUUCCCAGACUGCUCUGCUGGGGACUGAAUACCAGUUUGGUCCCCCUCCUGGUUCAGCCCAGGUCUGAAGAAAGCUGGGAAGACCCCAAAAGUCAGAAGUGCUCCUGUUCUCUGAGAGCAGCAGCAAUGCUGUGUGCUUGUGAAAUGCUGGUACUGCCUGUAGUCAGCUGUGGCACUUGUGCUCUUCCCACUGAAUUCCCACAGGCAUUGCAGAGGGGUUGGGAAGGGAAGGGGAAGGAAAGAGGCAGGUUGAGCAGCUGAUAUGUGGUGGAGCCUGAGUGGAGGUAGCGUCAGGCAGCAGCUCAGCGUUCUCACAGCUGCUGUUGAACCCAUGUGGCUUUCUGUGUGCCACCAGAGGUGAGGCACAGCAAAGACACUGUCCUCUGGAGGCAGCACAUGGAUCUCUCCGCAGCCUCCAGAUGCUAUUAUAUGUUCCUUACCAAACAGCAGAUCCUAAUUCUGUGGCAUCCUAGUGUUACUCUUCCUUUGAGGUGUUUUUCUUGCUGGAGGCUGGUCUGCCACAAAAAGCCGAGUUUUGGGAUUACUGGUGCAGUGCUAAGGCUGCCAGGAGUAUCCAAGGUUGCAUUUGUGUUUCUGCAUCCCUCUCCCUUUCCAGUGGGGACCUGGGAUCAUCCUCUCCAGACUGCAGUGGGGAGCCGAGCCCUGCCAACAGUGAGGUUUAGGGCUGAUGCCUGAAUGGGUACCCAGUGUGGGCAAGAGGUGCCACAUGCAGAGUGCCCCAAGCCUGCUGGCUUGCCUGGGGCUCUGUGUGAGAGGGUUCCCAGAGCCUGUAUUCGGAUGAGUUUGGAUGAACUCCACAGCAGGAAUUCAGUUUGUGCCCAGCUGAACAAAGGUCAUGGUUCCUCUCCAUCCACCAGAUGCCUCUGUGGUCCUGUGGGCCAGGAAAUCCUGCUGCCUUGUCAGGAUUAGCUCUGUCAAACACACCCCCGAAAUGUGCCAGCGUGUUUCCCGCCCCGGUCCCACGCUCCGACACCGCGGGGCUUGUCUGGCCCUCCUGCAGCGCUGGACAGUGUGUUCCCCAGGGCUGGAGCUUCUGCCCCAGAGCUGCAGACAUGAGCAGAGGUUACCAGCUGUGCCACUGUCCCGAGGUCUGUCCUGCCCUGGCCGUGUGGCCUUGCCCUUCUCAUGGGGCUGCAGAGCCUGUCCCUGGGCCGGGCCCUGUGGGUGACCCCCGUUGUUCCUUGCACUUCGCUGUAGCAGUCAGUCAAACCAUAGGCAUUUGCUGCUAUUACAAAUGAAUGCUUCUUGCCAGGGCUGUAAAAUAGGCUAAUAAAGGACACUGGAUAUUAUUUUCUUUGCCAACAGAUUUGUAAAUACCAAUCAGUAAAGUAGCCUCUUCUCUGUUCUAAUAGUAAUAAAUAAAAUCUCCAUGGUUGUUCUUUUUGUGCACUGGA